UACAACUUUAUAUAUAGUUUCAAGUUUUUUUGAAAAUGGAGAAAGAUUUUGAAGAGAUUUCUGAUAUGGGGUUUGAGUCAUCAACAGUAUCUUCAUUGGAUCAUGGAACACUUGAUGAUGAUCAUGAUCAUGAUCAAUCACCAACGGUUAAUUCAACGUUAAGUUGUAGCAAUUCUUUUGCUUACUAUAGGACUAAUUCGGAGACUUCAGCUUUUUCCGAGCCAUUGACUGAUGAUCUUAAUAGCUGCUCGUCAGCUACACAGUCUCCGAUAAGUUGGCCGGCUACUGCAAGAUCACCUUACAGGCCAGCUCUUUCGAGAUUUGGGUUGAUGAAGCCAGGCCAUAAGUUCGAUGCUGAAGAUAAGAUGGAGACUCUUGAGCCUUUGGAUUUGGAACUCGAAAUGAUGAAAGAAAGAUUCUCAAAGCUUUUGUUGGGAGAAGACAUGUCUGGCAGUGGCAAAGGAGUUUCAACUGCAGUUACUGUAUCUAAUGCAAUCACGAACCUUUAUGCUUCAAUGUUUGGCCAACAACAAAAGUUAGAGCCUUUGCAUCCCGAGAAGAAGAUGAUGUGGAAAAGGGAGAUGAACUGUUUACUCUCUGUAUGUGAUUACAUUGUUGAAUUCAUCCCGACAUCACAUAGUUUACACAACGGAAAACCCAUGGAGGUUAUGUCUAGCCGGCCAAGAUCAGAUAUAUACAUCAACCUUCCAGCGUUAAAGAAGCUUGAUGCACUGCUCUUAGAAAUAUUAGAAAGUUUCCAAGAGACAGAAUUUUGGUAUGUAGAACAAGGAAGCAUGUCAAAUAAUUCUAGGACGGGGUCAUUUCGAAAAAUUCCUCAGCCUCAGAGGAAAGAUGAGAAAUGGUGGUUGCCGGUUCCUUGUGUGGCCCCUGAAGGCCUCUCGGAAAAGGCCAGAAAGCAUUUGAGACAAAAACGUGAUUCUGCAAAUCAAAUUCACAAAGCAGCAAUGGCCAUCAAUAGUAGCAUUCUUGCUGAGAUGGAAAUCCCACAAACAUAUAUUACUUCUCUUCCCAAGUGCGGAAGAACAAGUGUAGGGGACACAAUAUACCGAUACAUUACUUCAGGAGGCAAGUUUUCACCAGACCACCUCCUUGAUUGUCUGAACAUAAGCUCAGAACACGAAGCCCUUGAGCUGGCUGAUCGAGUGGAGGCUUCUAUGUAUACAUGGAGACGUAAAGCAUGUACAAGCUAUUCAAAAUCAUCAUGGGAACUGGUUAAAAAACAUGUUGCUGAGACAGAACGAAGUGAUAAGAAUGUGGUCCUAGCCGAACGUGCUGAUAGUUUGCUGUUCAGCUUGAAGCAACGAUUCCCGGAGCUUUCACAAACAACACUAGACACAAGCAAGAUCCAAUACAACAAGGAUGUGGGACAAGCAAUAUUGGAGAGCUAUUCAAGGGUGUUGGAAGGUUUGGCAUUCAACAUUGUUGCAUGGAUUGAAGAUGUUUUAUUUGAAGAUAAAUCCAUAAGAAAUCAAGAAGCAUAAGAAGCCUUUGUUUCGAAGACAACUUCGCUAUAGGCAUUUUCUUGCAUUGCCAAUAUUACCAUUUUGUGUUUUCUUUUUUACAUGUAAAUGAGACUUAUAUAAGUUAGGACUAGACGAAAGAGUUGUUUGGAUGAAGUUAACAAAAAUGUGUAGAAACACUUUUUGCAACUAGAUUCUAAUUCAUGUAUAUGGUACAAGUAAUUAUAACAUAAUUAUGC